CCAGCCAGCCGCGAUGGCAGCCACCCCGACACCGAGGGCCUGGUGAACCCUGCCGCCCUCAAGGGCCAUAACCACAGUGCUGCCACGGCGAGGGAAGGUGGCCGGGGAAACCCUUCCCACAGCGCCGGAGCGGGAUGCCCUGGCCGGUGGCCCGCCAGGAAGGGUUGCUGUGAGAGAGGGGGAGAGGCGGCUGGUUGGCAUGAUGUCCUCUCAGGGCUGGCGGAAGCGUUAUCAGUGGUGAGUGAAGACCAGUCCUUGUUCGAGUGCGCCUACGGAUCGCCCCACCUUACGAAGACAGAGAUGACGGCCUCCUCCUCCAGUGAAUAUGGGCAGACAUCAAAGAUGAGUCCACGUGUUCCCCAGCAAGACUGGUUAUCGCAGCCCCCGGCCAGAGUCACCAUCAAGAUGGAGUGUAACCCAAACCAGGUUAAUGGGUCAAGGAAUUCUCCUGAUGACUGCAGCGUGGCAAAAGGAGGGAAAAUGGUUAGCGGCUCAGACAAUGUUGGGAUGAACUAUGGAAACUACAUGGAAGAGAAGCACGUUCCACCCCCAAACAUGACUACCAAUGAACGAAGAGUCAUUGUGCCAGCAGAUCCUACGUUAUGGAGCACAGACCACGUACGCCAGUGGUUGGAAUGGGCAGUGAAGGAGUACGGUCUCCCAGAUGUGGACAUCUUGUUGUUCCAGAACAUCGAUGGGAAGGAGCUAUGUAAAAUGACCAAAGAUGACUUCCAGAGACUCACCCCAAGCUAUAAUGCAGAUAUCCUCCUGUCACACCUACACUACCUCAGAGAGACUCCUCUUCCACAUUUGACUUCAGAUGAUGUUGAUAAAGCCUUACAAAACUCUCCACGGUUAAUGCAUGCUAGAAACACAGGAGGUGCCACUUUUAUUUUUCCAAAUACAUCAGUUUAUCCAGAAGCAACACAAAGAAUUACAACCAGGCCAG